AUGUAUCUAGGAUCCCUUUACCGCGAAGAGAUAUCCAGAGCAAUUCUGCGGCUACAGGAAAAGACAGUCCUAACCGAGUUGAAGGAAAAAUGGUGGAAGGACAAAAGUGUGGUAUGUCCUGCCGUUGUUAAAAGAGGCACCGAUGAUGGUGGCAGCAUUGGAGGAAUUUUCAUCAUUUUAGUAAUUGGACUCGGUGUCACUGUCAUCCUCGUUGUGUGUGAAAUGGCUUCACGCCGUGAUGUCGUUGCUCAGGUGACUUUUCUUCUUCUAACAAAACGCAGAUUUAAAUCGACGACUGUACAUCAUGUAACCCCAUGCCUUUGCUUAGAGCUUUUCAUAUUUGUGUCUUUGCUCAACUUCAUCAUAGGUGCACUGAAUCAUCUGCCGUAACU